AUGGAGGCCGAGGUGGCGGCGCUGCUGCAGGAGGCGGGCGCGGCGGGCAGCAGGGCCAUGGCGGAGGCGGAGCGGGCGCUGGCCGAGCAGACGCUGACCCCUGAGGAGGCCAAGGAGCGCGCCGCGCGCCUGGCCAAGAUGCGCAACGUCCUCUUCUACGCCGAGCUCAAGGCCAAGAGGCGUGGGUCCGGCCUUGGCGGACGAACUCACCAGUGCCGCACUGCGCACGCCGACGGCGCCGAGGGCGCCGCCGCCCGCCGCGCGGCGCGCGAGGAGGCGGAGUUUGAGCGCGCGCGGGAGCGGCUCACACUGAAGCACAAAAACACGAGCCGCUGGGCGCGGCGCGCUCUGAAGCGUGGGGUGGAUGUGAUGGAUGACGGCACGCGCGCCGCCCUGGCGGAGCAGCAGUCGCUCGGCGCGGCGCUGCGGCGGCGGAUCGAGGGGCGCGGCAGCGGCAGCGGCAGCGACGGCGGCGGCGGGUCGGACGGCAGCACGAGCGCGAGCGAGGGCGAGGGCGGCGGCGGCGGCGGCGGGGGCUCUCAGAGGGCAAAGGCGGAGGCGGUGUCGAUUUUGCAGGGCCUCUCCGCGCCGCCCGGCGAGGGCGGCGCCGGCGACGAGGCCGCGGCGCAGGCCGGGCUGUUUGCGCUGCCCUUCAUGCGGCGCGCGCUGGAGAAGCAGCGGCGAGCGGCGGCUGCAGAGGCGGAGGCGCUGAUUCGCGAGCUGGACGGCGGCGGCGGCGACGGGGCCGAAGAGGACCCGCUGGCGCCCGGCGGCCGGCUGCGGUUCGGCGGCGCCGGCGGCGCGGAGGCCGAGCGGCGGCGGCAAGCUGAGGAAGAGGCGGAGGAUAUGCGCGGGGCGGGGUCCGAGGAGGACGGAUCUGAUAUGGAGGAGGAUGCAGAGGCCAAGGCCCAGCGGCUGGGGCGGCGGUUGAGAGGGGAGGCCGAGCCGGAAGGCGGCGGGAGGCGGCGCGGGGGGCCGGGCGCGGCGGCGGCGGACGAGGACGGCGCCGCGGCGGCGGCGGCGGCGAUGCCGGCGCGCGGGUUGCGGCGGGGCGCGGUGGCGACGGCGACUGAGGGGCCCGUAGAUGUUGACAUGGGCGGCCUGCAGGGCCAGCAGCAGCAGCAGCAGCAGCAGGGGGCGGCCAUGCAGAAUGGCAAGCCCAGCAAGCAGCGGCGCGGUGGCAAGGGCGCCGCCGCGGCGGCGGCCGAGGCGGCGCAGCAGGCGGCGGCGCUGAGAACAGCGCCCGCGGGCGCACAUGAUUGGCUGUUCGACGCCGCGCCGGCGGCCGCCGCCGCCGCCGGCGGCGGUGGGGCGGCGGGCGCGCGCCGCAAGCAGCGGCGGCAGGAGGCUGGCGGCGGCGGGGACGCCGCGGGGCCGGAGCAGCGACCGGCGUUCAUCGCAUCCGAGAGCUUUGGCGGUGCCAGGGAUGGGUAUGUUUUCAAACGGGGGCCCCAGGGGGUUGGAUACUACUCAGACACUGCCCAGGGCGCAGCCGCGGCGACUGGCGGCAAGGCCAGCACCAGGGGCGGCAAGCAGCAGCAGGCGGCGGGCGCCGGGCACAAGGCGGGCGAUGGGGCGCGGCGGCGGCGGGGCGGCGGCGACGGCAGCUCGUCCGGCGACGAGCAGCAGCAGCAGCAGCAGCAACAGGCGGCAGCCAACGGCAAAGCUGGGAAGCAGACCCACGCCGAUGGCGCGAACGGCGCCGCCGCAAACGGGGCCUCCGAGGAGGACGAGCGCGCGCAUCACAUGGCGCCGCUCUCGGGCGACGCCGACGCGCAGCGCGCGCUGCUGCGCCGCGCGUUUGCGGCCGACGACGUGGCGGCCGAGUUUGCGGCCGAAAAGGCGGAGGAGAUCGAGGCGGAGCUUCCAAAGGAGGAGACGCCCGGCCUCAUGCCCGGCUGGGGCCUGUGGGCGGACCAGCAGCGUGAGCCCAAGUGGAUGGCGGAGGCGCGCGCGAAGGCCGCGCGCCGCAAGGCGGCAGCGGCGGCGGCGCGGCAGGACGCAAAGAUGGCGCACGUGGUGAUCUCUGAGAAGUGGGACAAGAAGGCGGCGAAGUACGGCGCGUCGUCGCUGCCGUUCCCGUUCAGGAGCGCGGACGCCUACGAGAACAGCAUACGGCAGCCCUUGGGGCGGGACGUCAACCCGGACGCGGCGUUCCGCAACCUGACGCGGCCCGCGGUGAUCAAGGCGACCGGCGUGGUGAUCGACCCGCUGCGCUACUCGAAGGGGGUCGCCGACUAUGGCGCCGGCAAGGCCGCGCGCGCGCGCGGCGUCGUGACGGUGGCCGGCGGCGUGCCGCUGCAGGGGGAGGGGCCCGGCGGCGGCGCGGGGGGCGGCGCGGCGGGCGGCGGCAAGAAGGCCGGCGGCGGCAAGGGGGGCGGGAAGAAGGGCGGCGGCAAGCUCGGUGGCGGCGGCGGCAAGGGCGGCGGGAAGCGGUAG